GAAUUGCCAAGCGGUGCGGUCUUCCAGCGGUUAGAAAAACCAGAACUCCGCCGGAAAAACGCGCGUUUUAGUUUUAGUUUUAGAAAUUGAGUUUUUGAAAGCCAAUCCAAAAAGAAAAUUUUUAAAAAAUAUUAAAAAAACAAGUGUUUGAUAAGAAAAACUAAAGUGAAAAUGAUCAAGAGUGAGGAGGUAUCGGAUCGCUCGGUUAUGACAAUGGAUCAGCUGGGCUACUACCAUGAUCCCCGUGCCCACCCGCCUUUUGGCCACGUCCACACCCACACACACACCCACAGUCACUCCCACAGUCACCCCCAAACUGGGCAUCUAUACCGCUCGGGGAAUCUAUUAACUGUAGGCAAUUACCAGACAAUGGGUGGCGGUGAAUCACCCACGGAGAUGGUCGAUGAGAAGCCAAAUAUCGGUUAUAUGGAACUCAAGCACUAUAUGGAAGUCGCGCCCACCGCCACGCCCGUUUCGGCAGCCCAGCAUUAUAGUCUGAGUGCCCUGCACAGCAUGGGCACUCCGCCGGCCUCCUCGAGUCCCAUACCACCGUAUGGGGUCCUGAUGACGGCCCAGGCCCAUUCCCAGGCCCAUUCCCAGCCCCAUUCGGCGGGAUCCGCCUCCCCGCAAUCCAAUUCGAAGACGCCCACGGAUCUGCCGCAGGAUCUGCAGUACGUGAGCUCCACGCCCAAGGCGCAGCCAUUGCCGGUUCAGCUGCAGCCGAUGAACCAUCAGUACACAUCCACGAUAAAGUACUGCUCGAACAACACCAUACUGAGUGCGAACGACUACCAACUGCUGACCAGUCACGAGGUGGAGCCACAGCCGUCGCAGCAGGUGCAGCCGCAGCAGCUCCAGCACUCGCCUGGUGGUGCCUACCUGCCGCGCAUCUCCGCCUCGCCGAGUCAGGUGAUCAGCAAUGCCCACGGGAUGCCAAUUCUGAACUACUCAAGUUCGAGUUCCUCGCCUGCCAAGUCACUGAAUGAGUCCGAUUCCUCGCCGCCCAGUCAGAAUCCUCAGGCGAUCAAGGGAUCGGCGGGGGGAGGAGGCGGUGGAGGAGGUGGCCCCAGCAACCAGGAUAUGCCCAGCACUCCGGACACCACCAAGAAGUCGGGCACCCGACGGCCAGAGAAACCAGCCCUCAGCUACAUCAAUAUGAUCGGCCAAGCGAUCAAGGAGUCGCCCACUGGGAAGCUAACUCUCUCCGAAAUCUACGCUUAUUUGCAGAAGAGCUAUGAAUUCUUCCGUGGACCGUAUGUGGGCUGGAAAAACUCAGUGCGCCACAAUCUCAGCUUAAACGAGUGCUUCAAGAAGCUGCCAAAAGGCAUGGGCGUGGGCAAGCCGGGAAAGGGCAACUACUGGACCAUCGACGAGAACUCGGCGCAUCUCUUCGAGGACGAGGGCAGCUUGAGACGUCGACCAAGGGGAUAUCGGUCCAAGAUCAAGGUCAAGCCAUACGCCGGUCAUGCCAAUGGAUACUACACUGGCAGUUAUGGAGAUGCCGGAAUGGACAAUGCCAACUUCUAUGCCUCGCCCGCCUUCGCUAGCUAUGAUUACACAUCAGCCGGAGCUAAUGGUGUCUCACCGGCUGGCGGUCAAGGAUUCGGGGAUCCGUGGAACGCCCAUGCCGCCCACAGCGGCCCCUCCUCGGUGGGCAUGGGCGUUGGUCCCCUGCCGCAGUACUCGAACAUAUCCUGCCUGGCAGCCGGCGGCAACCCCAAUGCGUCCGCCUGCACGCCCCCGCUGGCCCACUCCGCCCUGGGAAUGGCCCCCUCGGCGGCGGGAUCCUCCAGUUCUCCGCUGGGAUCCGCGGCGGUGCUUCAAAGCGAUUAUGCGCCAACCGCGAGUCUCGUGGCCGCGGGCUAUUCCUAUGCAACAAGUGCCGGCAGCCUGGACAACGGUCUCCGCUCAAUUUCGUUGCAGCAACUUCCCGGACUAUCCAGUAUUCAGCAGGCACAAGCGCAGGCCCAGGCUCAAGCCCAUCACCACCACCAUCAGCAUCACCUCCAGAACCAUGGGUCCAUCCACCAAAACCACGCGUCCAUGACCCCGCCGCCAUCGCAAUCCGGUGGCAAUCAUGUGAUCGACCAUUCGCCCAUCGAUCGCAAACCGGUUUACUUGCCGCCCAUCACCCCGCCCCCAACUUCGGUGGCUCUGAAUGGCGGCGGUGGAUAUUAUGAGGCCCUUAAGUACUCCAAUUAGCCACCUCAACUGGGCUAGGCCGGAAUUCAUCAUUAUUACCUCAAAGGAUACAAUAAUCACGUUUAAUUAGGACCUAAGUAGCGGCAGACAAAAGAUAGUUGAAUAGUGCUUAGAGGAGAAUCUACACAUAAAUAAAUAUUUUGUACGCAUAGCAAUAAAAUCAAACUAUUUAUAAACAAGA